CCUGCUUCCCCGCCGGGCUGCCGCAGGGCGCGGCCGAGCAGCGGAGCUCGCUCUGCUCGGCCGGCCUCGGGCAAGAAGAAGGCGACUGGGCUGUGCAGGUGAGGGAGCGGAGCGUGGGGGACCGGGGGUAGAGGGAGGGAGGUUGGGGUCAAGGACGAAUCAGCUCCUUGCGCGGCUGCGGCGCGGCAGGGAGCAUCGGAGAGGCCGUGGGGGUGGUGUCGGAGAGGUUCCCCGAGCGGGACGAGAGGGCGGAAGCGGUCCCGUGCCGCCGCUGGGGUCUCGGCUUCUCCCCGGGUUCGGGCUGCCAGCGCCUCUGCGUGUGGCUCCGUGCCCGGAGUAGUUGCUGUGGGUGAAGCGUGUGGUGUCAGCCCGAGGGUGGCGGCUGGAUCGUGGGCAGCUGCGAAGCAGCAGGGCGGGUGGGUAAGGCACACAGCGGGUCCUGUCCCCGCGCUCUGUAGAACAGAGUGUGUUGGGGCCGACAAGGUCACUGCUCCUGUUGACGACAUCCACUGUGCCGUGUUUUUCGUCUAGAGCCUUAGCGACAGCAUAACUGAUAUCAGUCUAUUUCCCCUCCAUUUCUGUCAGAAUUCCCACAUUCUCAGGCCACUGUUUUUUUUACCACUGGCAUUAAAACCCGUUAGUAGUUGUGAGGAAAGCUUUUGUGUCUUUUCCCCACUCGCUGUUUCUUGACAGCUUUCAUGAUAUGCUUCCCUCUGAUCCGUGUGUAGUGCUUUCAUUGGGCUAUAGGAUACUUAGAGGCUUUUAAUGUUGUCCUCCCCCUCCUGUCUGAUUCUGGGUACGAAAGAGUGGUCUCACAUUCAAUUUGUUUCUGAUGAGCCUUUCCGGCUUGUCACUGACAGCUGCUUCCCGUUAAUGCCCCAGUGUCAGCCCUCCACUGUGUUCUUUGCAGGGCCGAGCUCCCCUCUCUGAAGGCACGGCUCCCGGGGCAGCAGAGGAGAAUGCCAGUUUGGAUCAAAGCCCCUGGCUCAGCCAUCAGUAAGGGAGGAGGAGGAGCAGCAUCUCGGUCCUCGUGGGCUGAUAUCUUCGAAGUGAAUGAAGGAGAGACCAAACACGCACCAAAAAUGUACCAGGGAAAUGCAGUACUGCUCUGUGAGUGAGCAAGGACACUUCUCUGAACCAGUACUUUACAUAUUUAUUCUGAUUUUUUAUUGAUAACUUUGGCGGAUGUUGCAUGCUGGGAACACUGAGCUUUGAUAUCUAAUUGUUGUAGUGCUAUUGCUCCUAAGUGUUAAGUGUAAACAGGGAAAAAAUAUUCUUAUUAUAUUCACGCUAUCGUUUUCUUACAUGUGCUUUUUCUUACAUGCAUUCAUUUUUGUUGUCAAGUGGAAUCUCUACUCAUGUAAUCUAUUCCAUGCCAGGCUGUGCAGCAGUUCAUCUAACCUGAAUGUUUCCAGCAAAGGCAUUCUUGAGUAACACUGAGAAGUUGGCUGCCUUUGAGAUGGCUGACAUUCACACAUUGCACAACCAACCAGGAGUUCAGCAGUUCCCCACACUGUAAAGAGUCCUCUUUGAGCACUGUAUUUGCAUUGGGUUUGGUUUGGCUUGUUUCCCAACCUGAAGUCUAAAUGAAUGGUUCUUGAGCAUUUCAGGAUUAUAGAAUAUAGAUAUGAAGAGAUAAUAAAAUCUUCAAAGCCAUGUGCUAUUUCCCAUUGCUCACAUAUUUCCUGGAGUUGAAUGCCUGGUCACAGAAACCAAUAAAAUCUGCUGAGAAAUCUGUCGGAAGAUGAGCUUCAAUCUUACGUACAAAGUUGUUAUUGUAGUGAAAAGGUGCAUUAAGCAUCACUGUUGCUGUUACAGCCUUCUCUACCUGAAGCUGAAGGGUCACGUGUCCCUGUGAAAUGAGGGCAGUGAUUGUGAGAAGUGUCUGGGGAAGCUCUUCUCUGUCCGGAUCUGUUCCCUACUAUAGUGGUGCCAGUGGUCAGGUUACCAUAAAAGAAGGGUACGGGUCCACCUUCCUCACUCUGAGGUCCCGAGGAUGAGUCAGAAGCAGUGGUAGGAGCAUAAGGAAGCAGAUACCAUGUGGUUCUGUAACUGUUGUGUGGCAUGAAUGAGGAGCUGCAUUCCCAAUUUUAUGUGCUGAUGAUGUCCUACAGCUGUUAUUUGUAAGAUGUCUCUGUGUUGCUGAUUGUCCUGUUUUCCUUUGGAAUAGUGGUGACUUCCUUUGCAGUGGCUGUUCUGAUGGUUUGUUUUUCUUUAGGGGGACAACCACGUUUAGAACAACAACUACUGAGUAGUUACUGAGCAGUGUUGCACAGAGCCAGGGACCUUUCAGCUUCUCAUACUGUCCUGUGAGUGAGUGUGAUGGUGUUGCCGAAGAAGCUGGGAGGGGGCAGAAGCAGGACAGCUGCCCUAAAGUGGCCAGAGAGAUAUUCUCUACCAUGUGACAUCACCCAGAAGUAUAAACUGGGGAGAUCUCAGGGCUGGUGGGCAGCUGCUGUUUAUGUACUGGCAGGGCAUUGGUCAGCAGGUGGUCAGCAGCAUCACUUCUCUGUUCUUUGUAUCUUCCAGUGGUUGUGCAUUGCUCCUUUUCUUCUUCUUUAUCUCUAUCUCUCAUCUGUCUGUCAGUAUUUCUGUCAUCAGCUCUAUCUGUACCUCUAUCUCAGUACCUCUGGCUCUACAUCCUUUUAAUAUUUCUUAUGCGUUCUACUUGGGUUAUAUUUUCUAUCUCUUUCCCCCAUCUCACUGGAAGAGGGUGGUGAAUAAGGAACGUAUGGUGCGUUCUGAGCUGCUGGCAGGUUAUACACAGCAGCGCUUUUUGGAACCUAGUGUGCAGCCUAAGGGGCUGAGAUAACACAGAUCUUAUCCAAGUCUGCUUAAAAAGAAUUUUUGUACGUGUUAUAGUGGUUUAAUAGCUUCAGGGCACAGUGUUAGUUUUUAAAUUAUUUUUGGAAGUCUUUCAGUGUGUCCCUGUUAAAUGCGGGCAGUGAUUGUGAGAAUUGUCCAGGGAAGCUCUUCUCAGUACGGAUCUGUUCCCUGCCAUAGUGGUGACAGUGGUCAGGUUUCAAUAAAAGAGGGGUAGGGGUCCACCUUCCUCACUCUGAGGUCCCGAGGACGAAUGAGGACUAUUGGUAGGAGCUUGAGGAAGCAGAUAGCAGGUGGUACUGUAAUUGUUGUGGGGCCUGAAUGAGGAGCUGCAUUCCCAACUUUUAUAUGCUGAUGAUGGCCUACUGCUGGUUUUGUAAGAAGUCUCUGUGUUGCUGAUUGUCCUGUUUUCCACUGGAAUAGAGCUGACUUCCUUUGUAUUGGCUGUUCUGAUGGUUUAUUUUACCUUUAGGAGGAAAAACAUGCUUAGAACAGUGACUAUUGAGUUGUUGCUGAGCAGUGUUGCACAGAGCCAGGGACCUUUCAGCUUUUCAUACUGCCCAGUGAAUGAGUGGUGCCCAAGAAGCUGGGAGGGGGCAGAAGCAGGACAGCUGCCCUAAAGUGGCCAGAGAGAUAUUCUCUACCAUGUGAAGUAUAUAAGUGUGGGAUCAACACAAGUAUAUAAGUGGGGAGAUCUUAGGGCUCGGGGCCAGCAACUGCUUUUGUACUGGCUGGGCAUCGGUCUGUACGUGGUGUUGCACUCAUUCUCUAUUCUUUGUAUCUUCCAGUGGUUGUGCAUCACUGUUUGUCUCUCUCUAUAUCUCGUGUCCAUCUCUAUAUCUCUAUAAUUAGCUCUGUUUCUCAGUAUCUUCCUUUAUCUCAAUACCUCCACCUCUUUUUUUUUUUUUUUUUUUUUUUUUUGUAUAGAACAAAUAUAUGUGGGGAGGAGAGGUAGAGGGGUGGAGGGCAGCUUCUGCUCCUGAACUGGUAGGGCACUGGUCAGCGGAUGGUGGUGUAGUGUGCAUCAUUUCUUUUCUCUGUCUCUGUCUGUUUCUCUUAUCGGUAUGUCAAUAUCUCUAUGACUACCUCUAUGUGUUUCUCAGUAUCUCUACCUCUAUCUGUACUUGUGUCUUCAUACCUCCACCUCUACAUCUUUUUGUUUUGUCUCAGGAGUUCUACUUUGGUAUUCUGUUCUGAUUCUCUCCCCCAUCCCGCUGGAAGAGGACGGUCAAUAAUGAACGUGUGUUGCUGAGCUGCUGCCAGGUUAAACCACAACUCUUUUGGAAUCCAACGUGUGGCCCGAAGGGCUGGGGUAACAUAGACCUCAUCAGAGUGUGUUAAAAAGGAAUUGUGGAAUUGUUACAUCUGUUCUGGUAGUUUAAUAGCUUCUGGGCACCGUGUUAGCUUUGUAAUUAUUUUUGGAAAUCUUUUGGAGUGUUUUCUGGUAAUGAUUACAUUUCACACCCUAGUUGCUUCUUAUGCUCCCUCCUGUGCUGUUUACCAUCUUAGGGGGCUGGAAGAAGAUGAUCAUUUUGCUGUGAUGUGUAAUAUCUGGUUCUGACCUGCUGAAGUUACUGCUCAGGAGACUCAGCUGGUGUUUUUACUCCACAUUGUCAUCAUCUUCAUACUUAGGCAACCAUCUCUCAGGAACUAUGAAGAAUUACACAUUUUCCUUUGUGUCUUUAGAGAGCCAUACUACGGAAGCGUGAACGGGACAUGUUUUUCACCAUUUCCUCAUUUUACUUUCUCCUUCAGGUACCUGUUAUUUUUCAGCCUAGUUACAGUAGUUCUUGAGAAUACCACAUAUGCUGGAGAUGUUCAAACCAGCAUGAUCCUACUGCUGUGUCUCCUGAAUACAUUUCUGGUUUUGUCUAAGUUUAACCGACUCUUUAUUAAGGCAACCCAGAGAUCUGCCCUGUUGCAGUGUCAGGCUGUGUGUGAGGAUAUCAGCAUGCCCCUGGAAGAGUGCACGCCGUCAGUGCUUUGGAACUCCACCCCAGAACAAAUGCAGGUUCCAGAAAAACUGUCAAACUGUUUGUAGCAGAUACACCAUCGCUCUGGCAAUUGUAGAGAGACACCAAUGACUGCAGCGUGCUGGGGCUUGGCCUGUGCCGACUGCACCUUGAUCAAUGAAGUUCUCUGACUCUGAUGACAGUGUGACAGGCCCUGCGGAUGCUCCAACUUCUGUGAUAGGCCCUGCUUCUGUGAUAGGUCCAGCCCUCACUACAGUCCCUAUGGUUGCUUUGAGGCCUGUGUCAGUUGCAGUGGAGGCUCCAAGCCCUGUUAUGUGCUCUUUGGCUGCUCCAACUAUCAUGACAAGCCUGUAGUUACUGCAACCCUGCUAUCAGCCCUGCAGUUGCUCCAGCUCCUGCAUCACAGCCUAUGGUUGCUUCAAAUCCUGUGGCAGGCCCAGUAGUCUCACCAGUCCUCAAAACAGGCCCCAGAGUCAGUGCAUUCCUAGUGACAAGCCCUGCUGUUUCUUCAACUCCCAUGAGAGGCCUUGUGGUUGCUCCAACGCAUGGAAUAGGCCCUGGAUUACACCAGUUCUGUAAAUGGUCUCUGUGGUUUCUCCAACUCAUGUGACAGGCCCUGAGGUUUCUCCUUCCCUGGGAUAGGUGCCGUGGUUGCUUCAAUGCACUCAGCACACUCUGUGGUUGCUCCAAGUCCCAUGACAAGCCCUACAGUUGCUCCAGGUUCUGCAGUAGGCCUUGAAGUGAUUCCAACCCUGAAAACAUGCCCUCCGCUUUCUCCAGUCCCUCUGACAAGUCUUCUGUCUGAACCAGGGAACCAUUUGUGUCAGUCUUAGUUGCCCCUGGAUGUAGGAUGAGACAAUGACUGUAAAUGUCAACUUAUUGUCAGUAUCCAUGCAGGAGGUAGUAACCAUCUUUCUCCUGUCCAUGCAUUUAGUGGAUGGAGUUGUUCAUGACAAGUUGCAGAAACCUCUGAAGGAGAGGGUGAGCUGAGCCAAUGUGCAGGGGUGAUGUCAAUGCUGCUGGUUUUAGAUAUUGCUGGAUGAGAAUAGCGAUCAUUGCUCUAUCUCUGCACUUAAUCAUGGAUGGUGCAAAAUACUCCCUGGUAGUAGUUACAACCAUACAAGCAGAGUAACUGGCAGCACAGAGGCAAACAACUCAUGUCUGCUUAAUCAUGAAUGAUGGAAAAUACUUCCUAGGAGUGGUUACAACCAUACAAGCAGAGUAACUGGAAGCACAGAGGCAAACCCCUCAUGUCCGCUGCAUUGUGGAAAGGUAUUGCUGUCCAUGUAGAGAACAUGGUUACAGAAGUAUGUUCUCUACGAUGCUCACAUACCUAAGAGCUCUGUACAGAAUGACAUCUAAAUAAAGAACGGGCGCAUAAAUCUGCUAGUACUGAAAUGGUUCAGGUAACUCUGGACAGGCAACCUUGGGGUGUGUUAUUUAUAGCCCAGUGUGCCUGUUUUUCCUUUCGUACACUUCUACAUCUGAAGGUAGCAACAUGUCAUUUGUGAACUGAGGGCAGUCAGAGUGGGAAGUGCCUGUGGAAGCUCUUCUCUUCUCUCUUCAAUAUCGCUUCUCAGCCAUAUUGGAACCAGAUAUGAGGUUACAAUAAGCAAGGUCAUGGGUCCACCCUCCUCUCCCCACGGUGUCAAAGGCCAAUCUAGAGCAUAAGGAGAUGGAUCCCGGGUGUCACUGUCAUUUUGCAUAGCAUGAUUGAGAAGCUAUAUUCCCAAUUUUGUCUACUCAUAUACUUGGCCCAUGGUUGUUUCACUAGCAGUUUGUGUGUUGCAGAUAUCAAUAGUAACUUGAGAGAUGAUAACUAUCCCAAAUGGAUGGAUGGAUAGACGGAUUCGUUGUAUGCGUGGAAAGAAGGAAGGAAAGGAAUGGAAAGAUGGAAAACUGUCUUGAUUUCUGUUGCUAUUUAGGCUUCUAGUUACUAUCAUGCUUUGAAGGGAAAGGAAUGUAAGAGGGAAGCACGUCUGUAUCUGAGUGAAGAUGAGAGCCUGACAUUGCCGUAACAAGAAGAGGCUUCCAUAGUUGGUAUGGUAUGGUUGGAGAACUACUCUGGACUACAUUUUCAAAUAGAGAUAAGGAGGUUGCAAUGAGCAGACUACAAAUAAUCAAGAGAAUUCAUAUCCCUUGGAAGGAUGCUGAAGGGAUUGGGAGCAUAGGUAGUGUUCUCCUCCCUAAAAGUUGUUCUGAAGGAAUUAGGGAGGGAGCCUCCAGGAACAAAACACAUUUUAAAGCCUGGCUGAAGUUCCUCUAUCCUAGUGCAGGCAUCCUGGGAAAUAAGAAAUAGGUGGAAACCACAACUUUGAAAAUCAGGAAAUUAUUACCUCUUUUUUUUGUCAUGGAAAUGUGGUGAGAAGCUCUACACAAUUGGAACUCUGCAAUCAAGAGCCACAAGCUGUUUACAAGAGUUAGACAGGAAAGGAUAGGCAAGGCUGUUACACGCUAGGAAAACUUGGGAGAUCACAGACACAUAAGCAUCAUGUUUGUGCCAGGGGAAAUUCUCCCAGUAGCCAUGUUAAGACACAUGUAAGUAAAGGAGGUGAUCCGAGACAGCCAGCAUUGCUUCACCAAGGGCAGAUUGUGUCUGACCCAUGUGUUGUUCUUCUAUGGUGGAGUAAGAGCAUCAGAGGACAAAGGAAGUGUAAGUGAUGUCAUGCACAUGGACUUGUGCAAGGCUUUUGACAUGGUCCUAUACAACAUCCUUAUCUCUAAGUUGGAGAGGUAUGGAUCUGAAGGACGGGCUAUUCAGUGGAUAAGGAAUUGAAGUAGUUGGAUGGUCACAGCCAUAGGAUUGUGGUCAAGAGAGCUGUGUCCAGGUGGAGACCGGUGAUGAGCGGUGUCCCCUACUUGUCUUGGGACCAGUGCUCUUCAACAUCUGUAUCAGUGGAUCAAGGCAGUGGGAUCAAAUGUGCCCUCCGCUAGUUUGUAGAUGGCACUUAAUCUGAGUGGCACAGUUGGUGCAAUAGAUGGUAGGGGUGCUAUCCAAAGGACCUACUCUGAAGACUCAGAAACUACAGACCCAUGAACCUCAUGUCUGUGCCAAGGAAGACAGGGGAACCGAUUCUUCUGAAAGCCGUGUUAAGAUGUGCAAGAAAAAGAGGUGUUACAACACAGCCAGCAUUGCUUCAACAAGGGCAGAUCCUGUCUGAUCCACCUGGUGUACUUCUAUGGUGUAGGAACAGCAUCACUAGACAAAGGAAGAGUAAGUGAUGUCAUCCGUGUGGACUUGUGCAAGACCUUUGACAUGGUCCCACGCAACAUCUUUAAGUUAAAGAGAUAUGCAUUUGAAUGGUGGACUAUGCAGUGGAAAAAGAAUUGGUUGAAUGCUUAUAGGCAUAGGAUCCUGGUCAAGAGCUCCAUGUCCAGGUGGAGGCCAGUGACAAGUGGUGUCCCCUGGCGUCUCUGUUGGGACUAGUGCUCUCCAAAAUCCUUGUCAGUGGAUCUAGACGUUGGGAUCCAAUGCACCCUCAGCAAGUUUGAUGGUAAAAUUUAUUUGAUUGGUACGUUUGAUUGAGUAGAAGAAAGGGUUGCCUUUCAAAGGGACCUGGACAAGAUUGAAAAGUAAGCCCAUAUGAGUUGAGUGAGGUUCCACAAGUUGUAGUGGCUUGAACUUGGCUCAGGUCAUUCCCAGGUUUGAGUACAGUGUGUGAGAUGAGCUAACAGAGAACUGCCUUGUUGACAAGGACUUGGAGUUUUAGGUGGACAAAAAGUUUGACAUGAGCCAUAAAGUGUGGGCAUGCAGCCCAGAUGGCAACUUGUAUCCUGGGCUCCAUCAGAAGAGCGGUGGCUAGCGGGGUGAGAGCACUGAUGGUCCCAACUCCCUUUUGUCUUCAUUAGGAACCACCUGGGGUGCUGUGGAGCAAUUGAAGCAGAAGGAGGAGAGGUCGUGAAGGUGAUAGGAAGGCUGAGGCACCUCUUUUAUGAAGAAAGACUGAGACUUGUUCAGCCUGGAUGAGGACUGGGGAGGGAGACCUCACUGUGGCCUUCCAAUACGUGAAGGGAGCUUAUAAAAAGAGGUAGUCUGACUCUUUCCCUUCCCUGUCCUGCCCUGCUAUCUCCUACCCUUCUUUGCCAUACCUUCCUGUUCAUCCUCUCAGAUAUUCCUAAACCUCUAUAUCUCCAAAUUGUGAAAGCAGUUUACAGCUUCUUGAUUUCUUUGUGCACAACUGAGGACAAUUUUUUGUCUCAUGUGACAGCAUUAUUCUGUGGUGACACACUUGAGUAGAGAGGCAAGGGAGGAAAUCUUCAUCAUUUCAGAAAGAAAGAUGAAUUUCACACAGAAAAGCAUUACAGCCAUUGGUAUUUUAGGUGAGGUGUGAUAGACAAUGUGAUGAAAACAAUAUCAAGACUCUGCCCUAGAGAAUCAUCUCCGUAGUGUGACAGCAAAAUGGAGUGAUGGUGAAUCAUUUGCUUACAACACCUUUCCCUGUAGGCUGUUGGGCACCAGUUCAGUCAUUCAAUGCUGGUAUGUGUCUGGUCCGGCCAAUCAGUUAUUUGCCAUCUGCUGAUUAAAAAGAAGAGAAAAUGAGGAAAAUGAGACUGUACACUCAAUGGAAACAACACAUUUAUGCAAAUUCCAAACUGCAUGGAGGAAAAGAGUUCGCGGUGGAGACCCGGGAAGUGAUACCCAGAGCAGCACUCAGUGACUCUGCCCUAGAACAGAGUUAGUGUUCUAGUGUGAAAGCAAGCUGGAGUGAUGGAGAAUCGUUUCCUUACAGCACCUUUACCUCAAAGCUGCCUGGCUCCUAUUCUGUGCUGAUAUCUGUCAGGACCAUCCCUGCACGUACUUACAAUUUGCUGGUUAAUAAGAAGUCCAAGUGAGGAAAACGUGACCCUACAAUCAAUGGAAAUAACACUUUGCCAUUUCGACACAGCAUGGAGCAAAAGAGUUCGCGGUGGAGACCCGGGAAGUGAUACCCAGAGCAGCGCUCGGUGUGCGGGCACUAAACCUGCUGCCAAAGGUGGCGAGUAUUUACAUUGCUCUUUGGGAUGGUGUUUGCAGGAGGAACGGAGAUGCGAACCUCCAAGUCCACCCACAUCGGCAGCGCUGCUCGGAACGCGGAGGAGGAGCAGUUCCCCGUUGCGCCGCUGGGUGGGGAUGUUGGCCACGAAGCGGCAGCUCCCGCUGGCCGCAGCGCGCUUGCAGGCGCAGGCGCCCAGAAGAGCCGUGCAAGCUGCUGGGGAAGGGAAGGGAAGGGCGGCGGGGCACGGAGCCGGGCGCUCGGGAGCUUUGGGGCCGAGCUGCUGGGAAAGGCGGCUUUCGUUUGGCGAGCGGCAGCACCGUGCGUCGGGGCCGGCGAGAAAGGCUGCGAGCCAUGGGAGCCGCUGGGAAAGGCCGGCUGUGGCGAAGAGGGACAGCGAGCGGGAGACGGAGCGGCGGCGGCGGCGAGAGGCAAGUGCUGCUGUGGCUCGUGUGCGUUUGCGUGUGCGAGAGCGGGGCCGAAACGCUGCGCUAUUCGGUGGCGGAGGAAAUGGCGAGGGACUCGUUGGUGGGCAACGUCGCCCAGGACCUGGGGCUUUCUCCGAGCCAGCUCGCGGCUCGCAAGGCGCGCGUGGUGUCCGAGGGGAGCGAGCAGCAUUUCCGCCUCGAUCCGCACAGCGGCGUCCUGACGGUCACGGAGACGCUGGACCGAGAGCGGAUCUGUCCGCACAGCGAGAGCUGCGCGCUCUUGUUUAAGCUUUUCUUUGAGAACCCGGUGCAGCUGAUCCGCGGGGAGGUGGAGGUUCGGGACGUGAACGACCACUCCCCCGUGUUCCCGCAGAAGGAGAUGGUUUUGGACAUAUCCGAAACGGCAUCUCCCGGUUCUCGUUUCUCUCUUGAAAGCGCCCAGGAUGAGGACGUGGGGAUCAACGGUUUACAGAAUUACAGCCUCUCCCCAAACUCGCAUUUCUCCCUUGCUCUCGAAACAGGGAAAGGCGGUACCAAAUACGUAAAACUCGUCCUGCAGAGGCCUUUGGACCGCGAGGAGCAGCGGGAGCUGCAUUUGGUGCUCACGGCCACGGACGGGGGCUCGCCGCCCAGGUCGGGCACGGCUCAGGUCCGGGUGGUGGUGCUGGAUGCCAACGACAACAUGCCGGUGUUCUCGCGGGAGGUGUACGAGGUGCGCGUGGCCGAGAACAGCCCCCCGGGGCAGCUGGUGGUCCGGGUGUCGGCCGCGGAUCCCGACGAAGGCUCCUACGGCAAAGUGCGGUACUCUUUUUCUCAGAUUUCGCAGGGAUCCCGCCAGUUCUUUACUCUGGAUACUGAGACCGGGGAAAUCCGAAUCUCUGGCAACCUGGACUAUGAGGAAGCACAAUACCACGAGAUUGAGGUCAAAGCCAUGGAUGGCGGUGGUCUGUCUGCGCACUGCAAAGUGCACGUGGAGGUGCUGGACGUGAACGACAACGCGCCGGAGAUGGCGCUGAGCUCCGUGAGCGCCUCCAUCCCCGAGGACGCCCCGCCCCGCACCGUGGUGGCCCUGCUGAGCGUGCGGGACCGCGACUCCGGCGACAACGGGCGGACGGAGUGCGCCAUCGAGGGCGACGUGCCGUUCAGCCUGACGGCCGCUUUCGCCAACCACUACGAGCUGCGCACCAGCGCGGCCCUGGACAGGGAGACGACGGCCGAGUACAACGUGAGCAUCGUGGCCACGGACUGGGGCCGGGCGCGGCUGAGCGCUCGCGAAAGCGUGUCGGUGCGCAUCGCCGACGUGAACGACAACGCGCCGCGCUUCACGCAGGCGGCGUACAGCAUGUCGGUGAGCGAGAACGAGGCGGGCGCGGUGCGGAUCGGCAGCGUGAAGGCGACGGACGCGGACGCGGGCGCGAACGGGCGCGUGAGGUACGCGCUGGUGCGGGAGGAGGGCGAGGAGCGGCCCGCCGUGUCGGUGGACGCCGAGAGCGGGGCCGUGUCCGUCGUGCGGCCGCUGGACUACGAGGAGGUGCGCGCCGUGGAGGUGACGGUGCGCGCCGCCGACGGGGGCUCGCCGCCGCGGAGCGCCACGGCGCUGCUGCGGGUGCUGGUGCGGGACGAGAACGACAACGCGCCCGUGGUGCUGCACCCGCCGGCCGACGGCGGCGCGGCGCUGGGCGAGCUGGUGCCGCGGCGGGCGCGGGCGGGCUACCUGGUGGCCAAGGUGGUGGCGGUGGACGCGGACGCGGGGCAGAACGCGUGGCUGUGCUACGAGCUGGCCAAGGCGACGGAGCCGGGGCUGUUCCGCGUGGGGCUGCACAGCGGCGAGGUGCGCACGGCGCGGGCCGUGGGCGAGCGCGACGCGGCCCGGCACAGGCUGGUGGUGCUGGUGCGGGACCGCGGGCGGCCGCCGCGCUCCGCCAGCGCCACCCUCGCCGUCGCCCUGGCCGACGGCUUCUCGGAAGGCCACCUGCGGGCGAGCGAAGAGGCGCCGGCCGCCGAGCCCGACGGCCGCCUCACCCUCUACCUCAGCGUCUGCUUGGCCUGCGUGUCCGCGCUCUUCGUGGCCGGCGCGGCGGCCGCCGUGGCCGCCAAGGUGCGGCGGGCCCGGCGGGGCGAGCCGGGGACCUUGCCCACCUUCCCGCAGUCCGCCGCCGACAGCAGCGCCGGCUCCCUGCCCCGCAGCUACGUCUACGACGUCCGCCUCGCCGCCGGCACCGUCAACAGCGAGUUCCGCUUCCUCGGGCCGCUCUUGCCCUGCUUCCCCGCCGGGCUGCCGCAGGGCGCGGCCGAGCAGCGGAGCUCGCUCUGCUCGGCCGGCCUCGGGCAAGAAGAAGGCGACUGGGCUGUGCAGGGCCGAGCUCCCCCCUCUGAAGGCACGGCUCCCGGGGCAGCAGAGGAGAAUGCCAGUUUGGAUCAAUGCCCCUGGCUCAGCCAUCAGUAAGGGAGGAGAAGGAGCAGCAUCUCGGUCCCCGUGGGCUGAUAUCUUCGAAUUGAAAUGAAGGAGAGACCAAACAUUCACAAAAAAUGUACCAGGGAAAUGCAGUACUGCUGUGUGAGAGAGCAAGGACACUCCUCUUAACCAGUCCUUCAUGUAUUUAUUCCGAACCCUUGAUAAGUCUGCAGGGUGUUGCAUGCUGCAAACACUGACAUUUGAUAUCUAAUUGUUGUAGUGCUAUUGCUGCUAAGUAUUAAGUGAAAACGGAAAUAAAAAGUUGGAUGGGGGCCUUGGGCAGCCCGGUCUAGUAUUAAAUGGGGAGGUUGGUGGCCAUGCCAGUUGCAGAGGUGUUGCAGAUUCAUGAUCCCUGAGGUCCCUUCCAACCUGGGCCAUUCUGUGAUUCUCUAAUAUUCAAGGUAUUGUUUUCCUACGUGUGUUUUUAUGCAUUCUUUUUUUGUUGUGGUUGUUGUCAGUUCCCGGGUUUUGUAUGUUGUACCUGGUGGUAUUUGAGCACUGUAUUCAUUUUUGGAUUGGUUUGAUUUCUUUCUCAACAUGAAGUCUGAAUGAAUGGUUCUAGAGCAUUUCAGGAUUAUGGAAUAUAGAUAUGAAGAGAUAAUAAAAUCUUCAAAGGCA